GCCUGCGGAGUCACAGGGUCGCGGCUAGACCUGGGCUUUGAGGUCUGUGGACUCUGCUGGGGUCGGCAGAGAGCGAGCGAGGUCCGUGCGUGGAUUUGGGGUCCGGGAUCAGGCGGUGGUCACUCUGUGUCUCAGGGAACACUGAGAGCAGGAACGGAAGAUAACAAUACGUUCGGAUCCGGUUCCCACGGCCAUCAUGGCUGCCGGAGUGUGGCUGCUGCUGUCGGUUACUAUGUUCGAGGCGAUGUCAGAACGGGGAGUCCAUAUGGAGGCCCCACCUCUGACACCGCCCAUCAGGAACCUAAGCAUCGACCCCGCCCAGCGCAGGCUGACGUGGGAGUGGGGCGGGGGCGGGACCAGGGCAGAGGGCGGGGCCUUGGGUCCCAGGUUCCUGUGCAGAAAGGAGGGGCGGGACCCUGUGCGGGCGGACCCUGCAGGUCAUUCCUGCUCCUUCCCUGCCCUUUCCCACUGUCACGUAACCAACUUCACUGUCUUCCCCGAGGGGCAAGAGAAGGAUGCGGCCCACCUGUGCUUCCAGCCCCGUGACCCCAACAGGGCGGCUGCCGCCCGCAACCUGCACUGCUGGGUGCACGACGUGGAUUGGCUGAGUUGCCGCUGGGGUCGGGGCCCUGGGGCAACACGGGAUGUGCGAUACAGAAUGUUCCUGCGAGAUGCAAGGCACAGCCCAGACCACGACCGUGAGUGCCCGAGGUACGAGGUUGACUCCCAAGGGUCGCGCGUGGGCUGUGCGGUGGGUGAGGCUGGGACCCUGGCCUCCCUCAUCACAGUGACGGUGAACGGCAGUGGUGGCGCCCAUGGGGUCCACGCGCCCGUGUCUUGUACCGACGCGGAUAUCGACAUGGCUGCCGUGGAGGUCCUGGCCCCGCCCGUGCUGACAGCUGAAUGCGAAAGCACCGGGGCCCGUGUGAGGUGGGCGCCGCAGAGCCGGUUCCAGACGGCCUUCGUGUUCACUCUGCAGAUCAACCAGAGUUCACAGACAGAGCCAAAGCUUGAGAUGGUAUAUGAGACAGAAUUCAAGGUCCCGACCCUGGACACGGUUUCUGUGCGUGUCAAGGCCACAGCCCUGGACUCGGGCGUGGAGAGCGACUGGAGCAAGGCCUGGAGCCUGGACUGUGGCCCCACAGCGACUCUGGCAACCCCGAUGACAUCGCUGCUCCUGGCGGGGGCGGGCGCGGUGCUCACAGUGAUGGCUGUGCUGCUGCUGUGCUGGAGGAAGUCGCUGCUGAGCCGCCUGUUCCCACCCAUCCCAAGGAUGAGAGUCCUACCUGGGCCAGAGAUGGUUGCAUGGGUCGAGGCACCUGAGAACUGCGAGGUGACGCUGGUGACAGACAACUGAGCCCUGCCCCCAGCACGGACCCCAAUAAACCAACCCCUUGCCACUCUGAGAAA